CCGCCGACGGCGGUCGCGCGGUCGCCCCUCGCCACGCCUCGCGCGCUCGCGUCGUCCUCCUCUCUCGCCUCUCGACGCGUCCAACGCACGGCGCGAGGCGUCUACCCGGCGCGGCGUCCUCGUCGCGACGUCUUCCGCGUCAUGGCGUCCGCCUCCCCAGCGACCGCUCCAGGAGAUCUCAUCAGUCUCCUCGGCACGAUGGAUCGAACCGUCGUCGCCGAGCGCGGCGCGCUGCACCUCCAGACGCCGCUCAUCCUCUCGAAACCGAUGAGCGAGCGCUUCGGCAGGGACGUGUACGUCAAGCUCGACGCGUUCCAACCGAGCGGCUCGUUCAAGCUCAGAGGGAUCGGAUACACGUGCCAGAAGGCGGUCGCGAGCGACGGCGCGCGCGCGUUCGUGUCCAGUAGCGGCGGCAACGCGGGGCUCGCGACGGCGUACGCGGGUCAGAUGCUGAAGAUCCCGACCACGGUCGUCGUCCCACAGAGCACGCCGGCGUUCAUUCGCGCGCGUCUGGAGGCGUACGACGCGAAGGUGAUCGUCCACGGCGCGCAGUGGAGCGAGGCGAACGAGCGCGCCGCGGAGAUCAACGCGUCGGCGAACGGGAAGAUGGUGCACCCGUUUGAGGACGCCGACACGUGGACGGGGCACGCGACGGUCGUGCACGAGAUCGCGUCCGAGUUGAGGGCGUUGGGGGCGAUAAGGUGGGUCCCAACAGGGGGGACCCUAAACGAAGAGGAGGAGGAGGAGGAGGGCGAGAAGGCCGUCCCCGCGAUGCCGGGCGCGUUCGUGACGUGCGUCGGCGGAGGCGGCCUUCUCGCCGGGAUCCUGCAGGGCUUAAGCGAAGUCGGGUGGGGCGACGACGUGCCGGUGAUCGCCGCGGAGACGAUCGGCGCGGACUCGCUCGCGUCGUCCGUCGACGCGGGCGAGGUCGUGACGCUGCCGGGGAUCUCGUCCGUGGCGAAGUCGUUGGGCGCGGCGUCGCCGUCGCCGACGGUGCUGGAGAUGUGUUUGAAGCGGCGGGUGGGAUCGAAGAAAUUGGCGCGGCCGUGGAGGACGACGGACAGAGACGCCGUGGAAGCGUGCGUGAAGUUCGCGAACGACCACCGAGUGCUCGUCGAGCCCGCGUGCGGGGCUGCGCUCGCGGCGAUAUAUUCGGGGAAGUGCGACGAGCUGAAGGAGUGCGGCGAAGGGCCGAUCGUCGUUCAGGUGUGCGGCGGCGCCGUGAUCGACCUUCCGACGCUCGCGGCUUACGCGAAACAGUUCGACGUGGACUUUGAUUAAGUAACGUAUGUUGUACGGUUAAACGUAACGUAUACACC